AUGGUUGCCAGUACAGUGGAUCAAGAAAUCUUGUCUCCAAUCUCACCAUCGAGACUCUGGAAGGCAAUGGUGAAGGAUUCCCACAACCUCAUGCCCAAGCUCGUGCCUGAAAUCAUAUCAAGCAUUGUUGUUCUCGAAGGUGAUGGUGGGGUCGGCACAAUCAGACAGUCCAACUUCACUAAUGCCAUCAAGGACUUCAGCUACUGGAAGGACCGCGUAGAUGAGAUCGACGACAAUAACCAUUUGUUCAAGUACUCAGUGAUCGAAGGUGGCCUACUCGGGAAGAAAGUGAAAUCAACUACAUUUACACUGGAGUUCAAAGAUGGCAUCAAUGGUGGUAGUGUAUGCAAGUUUCACGGAGAGUUUGAGACGGUAGAAGGUAAUCUGCCGAAAGAAGAUGAAACAAAGGAGAUGAUGGGAAACAUGGCGGGAAUGUUCAAGGCAGUAGAAGGAUAUCUCCUUGAAAAUCCAAAUGCAUACGUAUAG